AUCGACAUUAACCGCGGACUCGUCCUGUGACCGGACCAUUCAGCAAAGCCUACUCUUCCCAUCUCAGAUAAGGUGGCGUCGUCUGCCGCUACCUACCGUACAGAACACCACCAUGUUCAGCAUCCAAUAACACGCGCCUUCCGUCCCAGCUAUCCUGGGCAGAAGCCUAGCCAGAUACGACGGCUAAUAGCUAAAAAGACCGCCAAGCGAGUACGAUAGCAUCGGCAUUGCAUGCUUGAUGUCUGAUCAAGGAAACCAACUUCAAACCUAAGCAUACGCAACCCCUGGGACUCUAUCCCUAUCAAGUGUCUCGGACCGCCAUAAGCCUCCCAAGACAAGGCUUGCGAGUCUACACCCUCAGAAGCCAUGCCGACUCUCGCGGUCGUCAACUUCAAUAUCGUCUGCGCCACUCUCGGUGGCUUCAUCACCAUCUUCGGCCUUGUCUCUUACCUGCUUAAAGAGAAAUUCUAUCUCUCCGAGGCCCUCAUAUCUACUCUCGCUGGUCUGGUCUUCAGCCCUCAUGCGACGAAUUGGAUCAAGCCGUUGCAGUAUGCCAAUGACAACGAGGUCGAUCUCGAAACUGUCACGCUCUACUUCACCCGCCUUGUCCUUGGCGUGCAGCUGGUCCUUGCAGGCGUACAGUUGCCUAGCAAGUAUCUGUGGAAGGAAUGGAAGAGCUUGAGUCUGCUGUUGGGUCCAGGGAUGUGCUGUAUGUGGAUAUCAACGAGCCUGCUCGUGUGGGCAUUGGUGCCGAAGAUCGACUUCUUGUUCGCACUUGCUGUAGGCGCAAGCGUUACACCGACGGAUCCUGUGCUCUCGAACAGCAUCGUAAAGGGCAAGUUCGCAGACAAGAACAUUCCGCCGCCGUUGCAGAAGAUCAUUAUCGCUGAGUCUGGUGCGAACGACGGCCUAGGGUACCCUUUUUUGUUCCUGGCGCUGUACCUUAUCAAAUACGUCGGCUAUGGCGGGCUGGGCGUUACUGGCAAUGGUGGCACCGCGAUUGGAUUGUGGUUCUAUGAGACGUGGUGCUACACAAUUCUCAUGUCUGUUGCCUACGGUGCCGCGGUAGGCUGGAUCGCAAAGGAGCUUCUGCACUGGGCGGAAGAGCGACGCUACGUUGACAGAGAGUCAUUCCUCGUCUUUGCUAUCACACUUGCGCUGUUCAUCGUCGGCACAGUUGGCAUGCUCGGUUCCGACGACGUUCUGGCUUGCUUCAUUGCCGGCAACGCCUUCACGUGGGACGACUGGUUCCGUCUUGAGACAAUGGACGAUAGUCUGCAGCCAACCAUCGACAUGCUACUUAACGUCUCCAUCUUCAUGUGGUUUGGAGCCGUGUGCCCGUGGCAUCAAUUCGUUGCAAACGGUGUUAUUCCCAUCUACCGGCUAAUUCCUCUCGGCAUUCUCGUGCUUCUGCUUCGACGCUUACCAAUGGUUCUAGCCUUCCACAAGUGGAUCCCUCAAAUCGAGCAUAUUCAACACGCUACCUUCGUCGGAUUCUUCGGGCCAAUCGGAGUCAGCGCAAUAUUUUAUCUCUACAUCUCGCGGGAAUUCUUGCGCGGCAUCGAGGUCAAUGGCGAGCAGCGUCCGGAUGCAGCGCACUUGUCUGAGGUCAUGAACGUUACUAUCUGGUUCCUGGCCGUGUGCUCCAUUUUCGUGCAUGGGCUCUCUAUCCCGCUUGGAAAGCUCGGUUUCUACCUUCCACGUACCAUUAGCAUGGCGGUUUCGUCAGAACGGGCAUCUGCCUCGCCAAGUAUGGCGCGCGGAGACGACCCAGAAGAGCCAAAUGUACCCGACCUCGCCGAGGACGCACGCAUCGAAGAACGCAAACUCGAGAGUUGGUUUAGGCGACGUACAACGACUGGCGCAUCAGGCGAACCUUCAUCGAAAACUCACGGUUGGGUUCCUCGAAGUAUUGCCCGGGUUGGUAAGCACAUUUUGGAGGACAUCACGCGGCCGGCUGGUAAGACGGUGCAUGGCAAGCAUGGUGGCAUCCGAAAUGGUGCGGCAGACAAGGAGAACAAUAGCGGCGCAUCUGGCUCUGGCGGACAUGGUGGCGCGCGACCUGACAUCUCGGCUCCCAAAGAUGCGCGAUUAAUCGGUCAUUCUAUCAAUAACCCGCCCGUGUCUGCUCCUGCUGACGCUGGGCCGCCGAGUGAUGCAUCGCAAAGGAGGCUUUCAGAUGUGGACGGACCACGUGUUCACGCUGUCAGCCCGACACGGUCGCCAGUGAGGUCGAGGAUGGCGAGCCCAGAGCGCAGAUUUGAUGGCUCAUCGACUCCGACGUCUACUACCGCUCCACCUAUUGGCUGGCACAGAAGCAUACGCUUCCCAGAUGAUCCUGCAGUGCUACCGACUCUCAGAAGCGUCGGCCAAGUGGAGGAACGUCCACUUAUCGGUGAGCGAGAGUGACAAUAGACUUCAACUGGACGAGUGCUAGAGCAAUGUGAAAAGUAUCUAUAAAGCCGUGUCGACUAAGAGAGGUGACUCAAUUCGCCGCAUCAACGAGAG